GGCAGCGCACGGGCGUCGUUGACGUUGGCCGGGUGCUUCAAGCUCUGUUGGCUGCACCGGCCCACCAAACACCUCCGCCGCCCUCAUCUCCCCCAUCGCCGCCAUCCGCAGGCCGUCCAGCAUGCUGCGCGCUUCGAUCCUCGCGGCCCGUCCUGCUGCCCGGCCAUUGGCACGCGCCGCCCGCCCGCAAUGGCGCGUCGCCCAGCGCUGGUACGCCGACGACAAACCGCUGGACCAGACAGCCGUCCCCAACCCGGCGCCGCUCGUCGAGCCCACCGCCGACCCUGCGCGCCCGGCGUCCCUCCAGCAGGCGACCAUUCCGCCGUCUGAAGUCCCCAGAGCCCCGCCGGCGCCCGAGACGACCGUGGUGAACAGCGCCGCCAGCGCCGCCAGGCUCGCCGGCACCGCAUCGCGCUCGGCCCCCGUCGUCCAGCCCGCGACCACGCCCCCAACCGGCCCCGGCACCGCGAGCGUCGCGCCCGACCCCAUCAAGCCCAAGCCCAAGAAGCGCAGGUUCCGCCGCUUCCUGCUGUGGGUCACCAUCCUGUCUGGCCUCGGCUACGCCGGCGGCGUCUACUACUCGCUGCUCUCCGACAACUUCCACGACUUCUUCACCGAGUACGUCCCCUUUGGCGAGGAUGCCGUCGCCUACUUUGAGGAGCGCGAGUUCAGGCGCCGGUUCCCUGCCCGCGGCGACCAGCCCAAGCUGCACCACCAGAUCUCGGGCGAGAACAAGGUCACCAUCCCCGGCCGCAGCGGACUGACCUCCCGCAUCGCCGAGGACCCCCACACCAGCGCUGUCAGCGACAACAACCCCGCCGCCAAGCCGGCCCAGCAGCCGCGCGUUGGCUCGAACGAGCACACGGCGCCCAAGAACGUCCAGGAGUCGAAGAAGGCGGACGAGCAGAGGGAGAAGCCCGGCCCGGCCGCGACAACCGCCGAGCCCAAGACGGUCGUGCUCGAUGGGCCCUCCGGGCCCAUCUCCCAGAUUGACCACCUGAGCGUGCCCUCUGCGGGCGAGCCUGUCGUCCAGGACGUCGUCAAGAUUGUCAACGACCUCAUCACAGUAGUCAACGCGGACAAGACACACGGCGGAAAGUACAACUCGGCUCUGGACAAGGCCAAGUCCGAGCUCGCCAAGGUCGUCUCUGACAUCAACCUGCUCAAGGACAGCCUGAAGAAGGAGGCCGAGGACAAGGUCAAGGCCGCCCACGCCGAGUUUGACGAGGCCGCCAAGGAGCUCGUCCAGCGCCUCGACCACCAGAUGCAGGAGCAGGAGACACACUGGAAGGAGGAGUACGAGAACGAGCGCGAGCGCCUGCAGCAGGCCUACAAGGGCAAGGUCAGGUCGGAGCUCGACGCCGCCCACAAGGUCUACGAGGCCAAGCUCAAGAACGAGCUCCUCGAGCAGAGCAUCCAGCUCCAGAACAACUUCACCCAGAACGUCCGCGACCGUGUCGAGGCCGAGCGCGAGGGUCGUCUGGGCAAGCUCAACGACCUCUCCAACUCGGUCCACGAGCUCGAGAAGCUCACGGCCGAGUGGAACUCGGUCGUCGACGCCAACCUCAAGACUCAGCACCUCGUCGUCGCCGUCGAGGCCGUCAAGUCUGCCCUCGAGACACAGGUCGUCCCCAAGCCUUUCGUCACUGAGCUCGCAGCCCUCAAGGAGAUUGCCGCCGAUGACCCCGUCGUCAGCGCCGCCAUCUCCAGCAUCAACCCCACCGCCUACCAGCGCGGCAUCCCCAGCUCCGCUCUCCUGAUCGACCGCUUCCGCCGCGUCGCCUCGGAAGUCAGGAAAGCCGCGCUCCUCCCAGAAGACGCCGGUGUCGCGUCCCACCUCGCCUCGCUCGCCAUGUCCAAGGUGCUGUUCAAGAAGUCUGGCCUAGCCGUCGGCGGCGACGUCGAGGCUGUGCUCGCGCGCACCGAGAUCCUGCUCGAGGAGGGCCAUCUCGAUGCGGCGGCACGCGAGAUGAACGGCCUGCAGGGGUGGGCCAAGGUGCUGAGCAAGGACUGGCUGAGCGAGUGCAGGAGAGUGCUCGAGGUUAGACAGGCGCUGGAUGUCAUUGCCACAGAAGCGAGGCUCAACAGCUUGCUGAUUGAGUAGGCGACUUGUGUGUGGGUGAGCGCUUUUGUAAUGUAGUCAUAGAGCUGUGCACGUAUCCUUUUCGUUUGUGCUGAUGCUGUUGCACCUCCCCCUCUGUGCUCUGAAUCUCCCCCUCUGUGCUUUGAAUCUCC